UUCAGGCUGGAGCACUCCGAGGUCAAAACAUGAAGAUUUAGAUUGCAGAGUGAUGCGGAUAAACCGAAGAGUUAUUUACGCGGUGAUUUUGACUUCAUCGCUCCUGUUUCUUGGGAAGUACAUUUUCUCACGCAAAAGUGAUUACACAGACCUACACCAACGACACCGUCCUGCGAAAGACGAUCACCGGGAAAUUGAGAGGCUUGGGACACACGACGACCAAUGCUUCUACGAUCCGUCGUGUUCACCACCGCAAAUAUUGUUUCGCAUCCAUGCGGAAACAGCUAAUGCGCCACCGUUUGCAUGUCUCAAUGAUAUACGAUUGUUUGACGGAUACGAGCUCAAAAAUGGAGUGAAUUUGGUGUCACUGAAUGGUACGACUGGCGAUGUUGAAUCGAUGGUAUCAUUUGAUGUGGCUGAAUCGGACGGAAACUUGAUUAACUGGUUGAGAUCGCUUCCGCCGUCUGCUAUCAUUGUUGGUGUGUCAUUCGGGGACGUAGCUGAGAGAGUUUCGUCGGACGCUCGUGCCGCUCUCAGUGCCUUUGGAGCAGUCGAAAUCUUGAAGUGGAGAGGAGCGUCGUCCUAUGCCAUUCUUGGACAGCACGGGCUGAAGCAACAUGCUCAUGAACUGCUUGUUCUGCAAUCUGAUGAGCAUGCAACGCACCUCAUUGAAGGAUGCUUUGAUGUUCCACUCGGAGAUGUUGGUGCUGUCAAUACAUCGAGGGAUCUGAUGGACAUCCAGAGGAUUGAUCCUGAAAAGAUGGCAGCUUUGGGCGGUUCGCGAAAUGCAGAUCAAAGUGUCGAACUCGGAUCUAAAUGGGUCUGGUGUGGUAUGGAAACAUCUUGUGCUCCAGAUGAGAUACCCAUGCACUUUUUUACUGGCGAAAGCAAAGACGAUUCACCGCGAAUGUGCGUUGGUGGUUAUAUGGUUUUCGAUCGUGACCUGAACAACGCUGGGCGGGGUCUGAAUGUAGCUUCUAUCGAACCUAAAACCGGAAGAAUCUUGUCUGUGGCUCAUUUUGACACCUAUCAAGACGACUCUUCUACGCUUGAGGAAUGGUUGGAAAAUGUGCCGUUGGGGAAUAUUAUGGCAGUUGUGAGCUUCGAUGAGGCAUCGAACAUGUUGUCCGACAUGGCGAAGAGGAUCUUUUAUGAGAUGGGAUCCAGUAUGAUUCAUCGCUUGAAAUUUCGCGCUUCUUGGUAUUUUGUUGGUCAUAAAGGACUAGCAGCGUAUAGCCCCUUUGAAGAUCUAAACGUGCCGACUGGAAAUUCUUGGGCGAAACCCAUUAAAACAUCCAUAUGUUUGCCGAAAAAACUCGAUGCUUGGCGGGGGCGUGCACAUAAAGGCAAGUCGGCAAUCUCGUUGAUGCCCCAUAAUCUGCCUCGGCGUCAUUUUUGUCUCAAACAUGAUGGUCAUGGAGAAUUUUGUGAUGAAAGCCGCAUCGACAGUCUCAUCCAUCCACGUCCUUUGACUGAUCCAUCGCGCGAAAGAGAUCCUGUAUUCAACAUGCCUAUCGUUAUAGCAGCAGGUCUUUCUACAGAUGCUUUACGCAUUUGCCUUGAGUCUCUCAUGCGGCAAGAGGGUCUGAACACGCAGAUGGUCAUUGUAGCGUAUGACAAGGAGUAUCCAGAAAACGCCGAGUUGUCGACCCUUUUUCAUGUACGAUCUCUGCCUGUCAAUGCCUCUGACGGAUACGGAUCCCUAAUAUUGUCAGCCCUAUCUGCAACCUUUGCCGUUUUCCCUUCAGCUGCAGCUGUGGCUGUGAUUGAAGAGGAUGUGAAGUUAGCGCCGGACUGGUUGUACUAUCUGUCUCAGACCUUGCCCACACUACUUUCAGACACUUCAGUUGAUGUGAUACACACUUUCAAUCCUAACGGGUUUACUGACACCAGUGGUAAUGAUUCCCUUGUAUAUCGAACUGGAUUUCAACCCCCACUUUUUUCAUAUGUCAUAACCAGGAAGAAAUAUGAAAAGGAGAUCAAAAAUAAGAUUAACUGCUGUGCUAAUCCCGGUCGCUGGUUAUGGUCAUCAUCGUCCUCGUUAGUUCCCGAUAUGUCUCGGAUUGACGUUACUCACAAUUCGCUUAUUCCUCAUUGGACCAACGCGUUAUUUACACGACCGAGGAAAAUGAGUGAGAAGAGCACUACUCUUGUUCGAAACUUUGAGUCUGAAUCCAUGUACGACCGUUCUAUCUCGUCAGCCUGUAUGAAUGCUCCAAGAGUUCCUUUGCGACACGUUGCAUGCGGAAACUGGCAGCAGCAAAUUGAAGAAAUUUCUUCGGAGUCUAACAGUUCUUCCGUUAUCGUCACGUGCGGUAAUGAAGUCAAAGAUUUGGCGCAAGCAUCAAAAUGCUUCGGACUGUACUUUGAUGAGCAUUUUGUGACGGGUGUAUAUAAGCGCAUUAUCAGGUUCUUUGCCGAUGGUACGAAUGUGUUCAUCGUACCUGAAAAACUUAUCGCCAGCCCUUCGUUUUUGAAGCUGUUUGGAAGUUCGUUUACUGCAUAGUUUUUUUAAUGCAAAUCUCUCAAUAGUUCCUACGCAACACUGCAUAAUCCCAGCAUCACCUUGCCUUUCUGAUCUGAAUACCGAUGUGAUUUAUAUUUGCUGAAUGGAUCAUUGUUUUGAUCUACAUGGUCUACUAGAUUUGUAGACUUAAAGGCAGUGUCCGGGCAAAAACUCGAUUUUUAAAAUGAUACAUUGAUACAUUACCAUUAUCUCCAUCAAUUUAUCACCCUUCUCUUGCUUUCAAAAUCCACUUACCGGGGGUCAUCCGCUGCGC